UGGGGAUCUCUCAAGUGGCGUAAGUAUUGAUUUUGUUUAAAACGGUGAAGAUUCCGAAGAAAGCAGACGAGAGAUCAGCGUGGAAAGUUCAUGCUGUUUGCCGAAAAGACGGUUUUACAAAAUGGAUUUUCCGACAAGUAAUGGAGUCUAUAUGGAACCAGGAGGCGUCAUUCGAACAGUUGGGAACCCAGUCCCUGACGGUAACAUUGUGAUGGACCAUGCUUUUGAGAUAGCAGAGCUGCCUGUUAAGUUGGAGUUGAGAUACGUCAUAGAAUCAAAACGCGCUGCCAAUGGACUCGACUGUCCGAAGAUCGACCAUAACUCCAAAGAUUCCAAGAACCAACAACUUACGCCAGAAGAAGAGCAGAGAAGAAAGCUUCGAAGGGAGCGAAACAAGGUCGCUGCUUCGAAAUGUCGAAUGAAGCGGAAAGAACAUGUUAAUACCUUGAGACAGGCCGCUGAGGAACUAGAAUCAGCCAAUAGUCAGCUUGAAGCGGAGAUCGCAUACCUUACAGCAGAGCGAGAUCAACUCGAAAUGAUGCUUGACGCGCAUGUCUGUAACAUGGAGAAAGCCGUUGGUCGCGGGCCUGCCUAAGAAUGACACCUUCCCCGAAUUGAACCGAGAUGAGAUGUUCGUUCAUGAGCUGUUUCAUAUGUAUGGAAGAAAAGAAGGAUGGCAAAAGGUGAUCAUUGUCAAGAGACUGCGCUGAAAAAACAAAGUCAGAUUUGCAUCGCUUUUGAAGGAGCUCGCAUAUGACUUGAUCAGACCGCUUGAUUAGUAAUUUUAAGUGGAGACCAGCUUUCUGAUAGCUUCUGUUUUUGUUAUUUGAUAUGUCAAUCAGGCUACCUUAGUUAGACUAAAAAAUACUUACACAAGAAAAGAAAAAACAAAAAACGAACUAACGAACAAACAAACAAACGAACGUACGAACAAACAACCAAUCAAAAAAACAAACGAGCAAACUGUCAAACAGACGAAUUCUUUAGCAUAAUAAUCACGUGACUGAUUGAUGAUUUUUCUUGCUAUUCUUUCUUUACGUAAGAAUUAGAAACGGUUCGAGAUUUCUUUGAAAUCGCAGAGUCUUUCAGGUCUUAUCAAAAUGAAAGAUUUCGAACAAUCACAAUGAUCAGCCAACGGAAGAACAGAAUCAGUUCAUUUUUUAUUUAGAAAAACAAAAAUAUUCUAAAAACUUUCUUAUAACUUAACACUGCUGAUAUGUCUUCCAAUUAUCCUUUGACAAAGGUCUUUUGACUUGCGAAAUAAUCUCGCGGGUAGAGAUAAUUUUAAUUUUUUCUUAUUUUAACAAAAGAAUUUUUUUAUAGUACUAUUUUUUACUUGGAGUUUUUAAGAGGCUUCAUUUGUUUAUAUUUCACCAUAAUCCGUCCAUAGCUGUUACUAGUAACCAUGCGCACAAAUCAGACUUUUUAUGCAAUCAUCAAUUGUUUAAAAAUGACGUGAACGAUCGUGGAGUUAAUUUUCAGGAGUUAUUUCCAAAAUGGCAGCUGAAAAUUAAAAUCACCAUAUGUAAGCACAUUGACAGGAAUGCCAGUUAGGAACUGAACUGAAGAACUCAUUAUUUAUUUUGCAAUCUUCUUAAGUUUCAGCAAGUUAGGAGUUAUCUCCGGCGAGAAAACAUUUAAUUUUACAGAAAAAUACUUCAGGGAGGGUCUGAACGGGGCUAUCCGAGUUGGUUGUUAAAGGCCAAAGACGAUGAAGCCGCUAGGCGUAAAAAUUGACAACUUUUAAACCGUUGGUCGUAAAUUUUUUUUCUUUUAAUCGCAAUGGAAAGAAAUGAACCGUGCAAUGACCUAAAUCUUAACCGUUAGUCGUAGGAGCCAUCACUCCAUCGAGGCCCUCGGUUGAAAAAACUUAAGUGAAUAUCAACAAUUUCAUGAUAUGAUGUCUCCGAAGAUUUGAAUUGCAUCAACGACUAACUUGGAACUCUCGCUGAAUGUUGUCAUGAUUUGACCAUGUUCUUUCACGAUAGGUCCAUUUUCUUAACGAAGGAUUUUUAUUUUGGUCGCCAUUUUUGAGAGGUGUCUGUUAUUAAUCAGUUGGUGCUUCCCAAGGCAAGUGAUUCUAUCAUGAAGACAUUAAAAAAAAAAACACUGCCGUCGGUUAAGUACUUCUGUUGCUCUCAGUGGUAUCACGCCUGAUAAAUUUAUUCAAAAUGAUUAUGUACUCUCAGAAUUCGUAACGAACUUAAACUGCAAAAAGGAAAAAAGGAUACCAAUUGCCUGGUGAAAAUUAACGACGGUCAUCCUAUCAUAUUGGUGGUUGGGUUUAAUUUAAAAAAUAUUCAUCUUUUAUUAUGCGAUGCAAAAUUUGAACGUUUUGUUUUCCGGUCAAAACUUUCCACAUGAGCAAAAAAACAAGUUGAGUACUGAUCCCUUUUGCCUAUGAUUUAGAAAACAAACAAAGUUACAAAAGUUUUUUCUUAAGCGGCGUCUUUAUUAUUUAUAUCAGCGAAAUUAUGUUACCAGCUCGUAUGAUUAAAAAAACAAACAGAAAUCGCUACGUGUCAUUUGGUAAACAACC